AUGCUGCUCGAUGAGCAGCUUUUCGUCGCCGAGUUCGCAGCAAAAUCAAUAACUGAACGCUGCCAAGCUGGACAAAGAACAUUCGCUGAACGAGACCUUAUUGUCGUAGAUACACCUGGUCUUUUUGAUACUGCACGAGAUGAAUUGUGGAUCCAACGAGAAGUCACUGCUUGCAUUCAGGCAGUAAUGUCUGGGGUGCAUGCUUUUCUUCUAUGUAUCCGCUGCGAUACUCGCUACACACGCGAAGAAAAGGACGCCAUUCAAUGGAUAAAAUAUAUGUUUGGAGAGCAAGCGUUGGCCUUUUGUAUUGUUGUGUUCACUCACGAAGAUGCUAUUCAUCAAAUUGAUAAAAGUGCAGAUGAAUGUCUUGCAGACUUUCUUCAGGAAGGUGCCACAAAUGAUCUGCAUGCGCUAUUGACUUCAUGCGGCAAUCGCUAUUGUGCUGUAAGUAAUACACAAGAUCAGCAGACGCAAAGUUCCUACACAGAACGAAUUAUCGAAAUAAUCGAUGGUUUGGAUGGUAAAAUGUAUACUAACGACCUAUUUGAACUUGUGAAGCGCGCUAUUCGCCGAAGCAAAGAGUCCCACGGCGAAUUUAGACUGGUCGAGCCGAAUGGUCAGAUUAAUGUGCCACCAGAUGCUGAAAAAGCCGCCCGCGAAUAUUUUCGAAAAUCUCGAGGACGAUCAAUUCGCCGAUAA